ACAUCACGUGACGGCCCGGCGGUGCUGGCGGUUGCUGUCAGCUGAUUCCCCGGGGCCGGUGGCAGCGGCAGCCGUGGCGAUGGACUUUCUCCUGGGGAACCCAUUCAGCUCUCCGGUGGGACAGCGCAUCGGGGGAAGAGGACUCAGGAGAGACACUACAGCACUGCUCCACCAUCCAUGGAGCUCCCCCAGUGCCACCCAUAGUGCUCCCAUGUGGUGCUGGGCUUGAAUCCAAGUCCUCUUGGGCCCAUGUCCUCUACUGGCUCCAUCCAAGAUGAGGUGAAGAAAGUGAAUUCACUAUUUUUAAUGGAAAAAGCUACAGAUGGCUCCCUGCAGAGUGAGGACUGGGCCCUCAACAUGGAGAUCUGUGACAUCAUCAAUGAGACCGAGGAAGGUCCCAAAGAUGCCUUCCGAGCAGUGAAGAAGAGAAUUGUGGGGAAUAAGAACUUCCAUGAGGUGAUGCUAGCUCUUACGGUCUUGGAAACAUGUGUCAAGAACUGUGGGCACCGCUUCCACGUGCUGGUGGCUAGCCAGGACUUUGUGGAGGGCGUACUGGUGAGGACCAUCCUGCCUAAGAAUAACCCCCCCACCAUCGUGCAUGACAAGGUGCUCAGCCUCAUCCAGUCCUGGGCUGACGCGUUCCGCAGCUCGCCCGAUCUGACAGGUGUGGUCGCCGUGUACGAGGACCUGCGGAGGAAGGGUCUGGAGUUCCCCAUGACGGACCUGGACAUGCUGUCACCUAUCCACACACCCCAGAGGACUGUCUUCAACUCCGAGACACCCUCAGGACAAAAUGCUGUGGGUAGUGACACCAGUCACAGCCAACGCACCUCCUCUCUGCCUGCCCCAGCCGUCCUUCCCAGUGACACAACCAUAGCUCCAACACCUGAGCAGAUCGGGAAGCUGCGCAGUGAGCUGGAGAUGGUGAGCGGGAACGUGAGGGUGAUGUCGGAGAUGCUGACAGAGCUGGUGCCCACACAGGCAGAGCCCGCAGACCUGGAGCUGCUGCAGGAGCUCAACCGGACAUGCCGAGCCAUGCAGCAGCGGGUCCUGGAGCUUAUCCCCCAAAUCUCCAACGAGCAGCUGACCGAGGAACUGCUCAUGGUCAAUGACAAUCUCAACAAUGUGUUCCUACGCCAUGAACGGUUUGAACGGUUCCGAACCGGCCAGAAUGCCAAGGCCCCCAGUGAAGCCGAGGUGACUGACCUGAUUGACAUGGGCCCGGACCCAGCCACCACGGGUAACCUCUCCUCCCAGCUAGCAGGCAUGAACUUGGGCUCCAACAGCGUGAGGGCAGGCUUGCAAUCCCUGGAGGCCACAGGGCACCUGGAAGAUGAGUUUGACAUGUUUGCACUGACACGGGGCAGCUCACUGGCUGAGCAGCGGAAAGAGGUGAAAUAUGAAGCCCCGCAAGCAACAGACGGCCUGGCCGGAGCCUUGGAUGCGAGGCAACAGAGCGCUGGAGCAACCCCUAUCACACAGGCUUGCCUCAUGGAGGACAUCGAGCAGUGGCUGUCCACAGAUGUGGGGAACAAAGUGGAAGAGGCCAAGGGUGUCACCAGUGAAGAGUUUGACAAGUUCCUAGAAGAACGGGCCAAGGCUGCCGAUCACCUGCCCAACCUCUCCAGCCCAUCUACCGAGGGCCCCUCCCGACCAGCUCCUGGAGCUACCCCCCGAAAGAAGACCCAGGAGAAAGACGACGACAUGCUGUUUGCCUUAUGAGUGUGGGGCCGGCACUCUGCAGCCUGAUCCCCUGCCGUUCCAUCCCUCCAUGUCUAGGCUGCUUUGGAGGUGCCCUGUGACCCUCCCUCUCCCAGGGCCUGGGCUGACCUGGGGUGAUACGGAUAGGCCCUCACCAAUCACUCUGAUGGAAAGCAGGAAAGCCCAGGGCUCAUCCAUGUGACUCUUGCCCAGCUGCCCCCCCCCCAUCCCAGGAAGCCCCUCCAGAGCCCACACUGCCAUUAAGGCCUGGUCAGAGGCUGGUGACAGCAGAAAUUUCAGUCACCACGUCCAGUCCUCAAGCCAGGCUGCAGAGAGGGAACCUGGGCCAUGGCCCUGCCCCCUCCUCUGCAGCCUGCCCCCUCUCGUGUUGCUGCCCAGCUGGGCACCCCCACACUAGGCCCCAGCUGACUGUCUUGUAUGGGGAGAGGUGCCUUUCAAGUCUCAUAUUAAAGGUGGAAAGUGA